AUAGAAAUUGAUGAUUGAAUUUUUGUUUCCGAUUUGUGCCUGAGCUCCGAUUUUGUGAAUUACUCAGGAAACAUAAAUUUUCGCUAGGGUUGGAGGUCGAUGAAGCGACCUAGAAUGAGUUUCGACUCGCCGAUUGUGGAUGUAUGGAGACGAGAGCUCGGCCAACUUUCCUCUACAAACUUCGCUAACCGCCUUGCCGCUUCUCAGGAUCUGGUGGUUCGACUUGAUGUCCUGCGAAAACUAGAUAACCACUCUGGUAGAGUGAACGCACUUUGUUUCAAUGCGUCCGGUGAUGUCCUUGUAUCAGGUUCUGACGAUAUGAAGAUCAUACUCUGGGACUGGGAAUCCGGUCGAGUCAAACUUUCUUUCCUUUCUGGUCAUCGUAACAAUGUUUUACAAGCAAAGAUGAUGCCUUACACAGAGGAUCGGAGCAUUGUUACAAGCGAUGCUGAUGGGCAGUUGAGACACGCUCAGAUUCGUGAGAGCAAAGUGGAGACUAAACUGCUUGCAGAACAUGAUGGGGGAGUGCCCAAUUUAGCCAUUGAACCAGGAAGCCCUCACGUUUUUUACACCUGUGGUGAAGAUGGAUUGGUUCAGCAUAUUGACUUGAGAACCGAAAGAGCUACUAGGCUCUUUACUUGUCAGCCUCUUAUCAGUCAUAGUUAUCAUCGUUCUUUAUAUCUAAGUGCAAUUACCAUUGAUCCAAGAAAUCCAAAUUUAUUUGCUGUUGGUGGAUCAGACACAUUUGCUCGAGUUUAUGACAUUCGUAAAUGUAAAUGGGACGGAUCAUCUGAAUUUGGGCAGCCUGUUGACAUAUUCUGCCCCAGUCAUUUAGUCAAUGAUGAUAGUGUGGGAAUAACAGGGUUGGCAUAUUCUAGUCAAAGCGAGCUUCUUGUGUCUUACAAUGAUGAGCUCAUAUACCUGUUUGCGAAGGAUCUUGGAUUUGGACCUAAUCUUCGAGAUUCACAUUUUUCUAGUGUUGAGGGCGAUAUAGAAGCUGCUCCACAGUCAUAUAAAGGGCACAGAAACUCUGGCACAGUGAAGGGAGUGAACUUUUUGGGCCCUAAAUGUGAGUAUGUUGUGACUGGAUCAGAUUGUGGUAGGAUUUUCAUUUGGAAUAAAAAAGGUGGGAAGGUUGUCCGAGUUAUAGAGGCACACAGAUCGGACGUGAAUUGUGUUGAGACUCAUCCUCAUGCUACCGCGUUAGCCAGUACUGGAUUUGAGGAUGAUAUAAAAAUGUGGAUUCCAAAAUCCAUUGAUAAAUCCAUUCUACCCACAAAUAUUCAGAAGGAAAGGGUCUUGAAUUUGACACCUCAUAUAUUAGGUCACUUGUACGGUUUCGAUGACAACAGCGAUGGCGAUGAUGAGUUUGUCUGUUCGGACACUGAUGAUAGCGGCGAAGAAGAUGGUGGUGAUGGAGAAGACGACGGCGAUGAAGAUGAGGAGGAUAUAGAUGAUGAAGACGAAGAUGAGGAGGAUAUAGAUGAUGAAGACGAAGAUGAGGACGACGAAGAUGAAGAGGACGAAGAUGAGGACGACAUUUCCGAGCGCAGAAGCUAAAGAACUUGAAGUUAUUGCGAGAAAAAUCUCAAGGCGAGGGUAAUUUCUACAGCUGCGCAAGUGAGACUUGAGUGAUCGUGGUGAUUUCGAUUGGUGAUAGAAACUAUGGUUAAUUUUAAAUGAGUGUAAAUAAGUGGGAAAACUCUUAUGCUGUGAGGGUGGAGAGAAACUCAACUUUCAUCAGCACGCAGCAAACUGGCUGGGGUGGGUGGUGCCUACCAAAUUCUAUAAUUGGAUAAACGUUAAAAUCUUUUUUUAUCAAA